AUGGGCUGCUCAGGGAGGAGGACCCUAUCUUUCCUCCUCAUGUUGGUGCUCAUGUAUCUCCACACGGCUUCGUCCCAGGAAGCCCGUCCGCCAGGGCCAAGGAAGCCCUUCUUUGAGAGGCUCUGGAGACUGGAAGAGCAGUUCCAGAGAUUCCAGGAGGUGACCCUAACCCAUCUGCAGGGCAUUGCCAGCAACUACAAUGUGUCAUACAACAUUGACGCCCGCUUCCGGAGCCUGGCGCAGGAGAACCAGGCCAUGGCCCUGGCGCUGAACCAGUCGCAGGCCGCUGUGCAGGGUGACCUGGGCCACCUGGAGACCUGGGUGCGGAAGACACAGCAGAGGGGCCGCAAGGUGGAUGCAAAGCUGCUGGCCUUGGACCUGGCCCUGAGCGAGGGGACCCAGCAGCAUGCCCAGGAACGCAAGGAGCAGAAGGCACAAGGUGACGCUGUCUCUGGCCUGGCCCUGGAUGUACGGGCCCUGCAGGACACGCUGGCCAACCUGACGCAGCUCAUGCACAGCCAGGGUGCCAGGCUGGCUGCUCUUGAGGGGCAGCUGCAGGCAGCCAGGCCUGACACCACAGCCCCCAGCCCGACCCCAGCCCCGACCCCGCCUCAGUGGCUGAUCCCGAACCCCCUGCAGCUGCAGGGGGACAGGCAGGUGCUCCCAGCUUUGCCAGGGCACAGGAAGCCACCUCAAGACAUCCCUGGCCGUCUGCCGGUGACGUGGGGGCCUGCCGGUGUAGCCAGCCAGGAGGCACCUCGAGAGGCAAUUGCAGACCUUGGGGACCCUCAGCGGGCAUGGCCCCCCCAGAGACCAGGAGAGAUUUGCAACGUGGGCCCCGUGCUUGUGUUCCCCAAUGCCUCCACAGAGAACGUGGUCUUCCUCCGCCCGGGCUUCCAAGUGGGCCUGCGGGCUUUGUCCGUCUGCAGCUGGGUCCGCACAGCCUCAGGCCGCCUGGGUACCCUUCUCUCCUACGCCACCGAGGAGAACGACAACAAGCUGGUGCUGCACGGCCGGGAUUCACUGGUCCCGGGCUCAGUCCACUUUGUGAUCGGAGACCCGGCCUUCCGGGAGCUGCCGCUGCAGCCAUUGCUUGACGGCCGGUGGCACCACCUGUGUGUGAUCUGGACGUCCACCCAGGGCCGCCACUGGCUCUAUGUGGACCGCAGGCUGGUGGCCACCAGCUCCCGCUUCAGGGAGGGCUACGAGAUUCCGCCCGGAGGGUCCCUGGUGCUGGGCCAGGAGCAAGACACCGUGGGGGGAGGGUUUGACAGUGCUGAGGCCUUUGUGGGGAGUGUGGCCGGCCUGGCCAUCUGGGGCCGGGCACUGGCCCCCGGCGAAGUCUCAAGCCUUGCCACCAGGAAGGCAGUCCCGACAGGUGCCCUCCUGACACUGGCCAAUGCCGAAUCCGCAGGCGGAUUCGUGCAGAGGGUGACUGGCACCUGCCUGGAGCUCCAUCCAUGA